GGCUCGGCGGCUCUGCGCGGGCCUCGGCGCGGCACCCCGGGCCGCUCGGUGCCGCGGCGUCCCCGCCCCGGCCGGCCGCCGCCGGGGCUCUGCUCGGGGACCUGCGCGGCCGCCGCCGCCCCCGCGCGGGAGGCACCCGCUGGCCGCGGCGCUGCCGCUCGCCGUCGCCUCCUUUUCCAGGCGAAACCUCCCGCCCCCGCUCCGCGGCCCCGGGCCGCUUCCCGCCGGCCUCCCCCGCCGUGCGGCGGGCGCCCUCCGCGGCGGGCCGGGCCGGGCCGGGGCGGCCAUGGGCAGCGGCAGCAGCCGGCGGCGGGGCCGGGGCGCGGGGGCGGCGGGGGGGGCGGCGGCGGGCCGGGGCGGCGGCGCCCCCCGCGGGCCGGGCGCGGCGGCGGCGGCGGCGGAGCGGGAGCUGCUGGAGACGGUGCUGGCGGAGUGCGAGGAGGCGGCGGCGCUGCCCCCGCCCGGGGCCGCGGGGCGCUGCGCGGCGGCGGCGGGCGGCGGCGCCGGGCCCCCGCCCGACCCGGCGGCCUUAUCGACAAGAAGCCUGCGAGACACAGAGAAUAACAAUGUCGACAACGAGUGCUCACAAGGAAACAACAAGAAGCCGGAGGGGCAAUCCACAAUAUCGUAUGAUUACUCCGAGGAGGAGCUCAUGAUGAAGCAUAAAACACAUCAGAUGAAGUCUUCACAUAUAUUACAUAAAUGCAAGAGGAAACAGCAGGACACAUCUUAAGAUGUUGUAUUUUGACUUCUCUUUUGUAAUUCCUGAUACCUAUGAAACAAAUAAAUGCAUCCAUAUUCUAUGUAACCUUAGUAAAGGCAUAAAAUGUCAUUUUGAAAAAGGCUCUCAUUUUGACUGUUAUUUUUGCAGGCAAAUAAUAUCCAGUGAACUUUGA